CGGGGCCGCGGGCGGCGAUGACCUCCUGAGCCGGGCGGGCACCGCCGCGUGGUCGGCGCUAGAGGGCGCGCUGGGACCGCAGCCGCUGCGAGCGGUGGCGGAGUUCCUCUCCAGCUGCCUCUGGGCCAUCUCCUGCGGGCUCUCGGCUGCUCUGGGCGCGCUUGGUGGGAUCCUGGGCGAGCUCCUGGCGGCUGCUGGCAUCAACGGCUCCCCCGCGCUGCGGGCGGCGGUCCCGGGCCCGGCCGCGGUUCAGCGGGCGCUGCUGUGGUCGCUGGCGGCGCUGGCGCUGUCGGGGCUCGGCUCCCGGUUGCGGGCGCGGGCGCUGCCGCUGGUGCGGUUCGCGCUGCGCUGCUGCUUCCUGGGCGCCUUCGUGUGGGUGGCGGGGUCCGCGCAGAGCCCCACGGCGCAGGCGGGGCAGCUCCUGGCGCUCUGGGGCUUGCGCUGCGCCCUCGAGGCCGUCGGGGCUCCCCCCGAGCCCGAGCCGCGCUUGGAGGCUGCGCUGCGGAGCCUGGAGUGGAAGGUGGAGGAGCUGCGGAGGAGGCAGAGGUGGGGGGGACCCCGCAAC